AUUUGGCACGCGUGCGCAGUAGGUCCAUCUUGCAGCUGUGUUGUGGAAAUGGUGGAGAAGAAAACUUCGGUUCGCUCCCAGGACCCUGGACAGCGGCGGGUGCUGGACCGGGCAGCCCGGCAGCGCCGCAUCAACAGGCAGCUCGAGGCCUUGGAGAAUGACAACUUCCAGGACGACCCCCACGCGGGCCUCCCCCAGCUGGGCAAGCGGCUGCCUCAGUUUGAUGACGACACAGACACUGGAAAGAAAAAGAAGAAAACGCGAGGUGAUCAUUUUAAACUCCGCUUCCGAAAAAACUUUCAGGCCUUGCUGGAGGAGCAGAACCUGAGUGUGGCCGAGGGCCCUAACUACCUGACGGCCUGUGCAGGACCCCCGUCCCGGCCCCAGCGCCCCUUCUGUGCUGUCUGCGGCUUCCCCUCCCCCUACACCUGUGUCAGCUGCGGCGCCCGGUACUGCACUGUGCGCUGUCUGGGCACCCACCAGGAGACCAGGUGCCUGAAGUGGACUGUGUGAUCCUGGGUGUCCCCAGAGAGGAAGGCCCCGGGCAUUGCCCGGCCUCGGAGAGAGCAUCACCGAAGCAAAAGAUGCUCCUCCCGGAGCAAGAGGGCAGCCCAGCAAAGCCCAUGUCCUGUCCUCCAGGGAGACCAGCCUCGCUUCCAGGGCCGGAGGCAGGAUGGUGCCUGAGCCCUCAGAGUGCAGUUGUAAUAAAAGGUCUCGUGCGAG